ACGCUAGAUUUGGAUCAAAACAAAUUUUGUCAACAAACGGUGAAAAAGUGCUUUUCUUUAUCAACGCUCAAUUUUUUUUUCUCAAAAUCCAGUCAAGUUUUCUCGGUACAGGGAUGGAAAACGAAGAACUUCCCGAGGGGCAUGUACCAGAGAAUGAAUCGAAUCCUCAGGAAUCUUCGCUUGCCAGCGCCGAGCAGCAGGAUCCAGCUGAAAGCAAUGAGCAGCACCAGCAAAGAAUGAGACGAAUGCGUUUGGUGCAGGCCUCGAUUCAUCACGAUCCCGAAGAUGAAGAUCCGGAUAGUUCGGACCAGGACGCGGCACCUAUGGCUGAAAACCUUCUAGCGCCGGAAGUAAAUGAACCCGUGGAUGUGGUAAUGAAUGCCAAUGAAGAUGAAGAAGAAGCUGAAGAACUGGCCAGUACUGCCAGUGGAGACAGGUCGUUUAGCAGUAAUUCUUCGGAAAAUGGCCUGGAUGAUUCCGAUGCUGAUCGACUGUUUGACGAUUACAUUACCAGCCGCGAACAGCACCAAUCAACAACUGCCGAAAUCUACAACACGGAACUUCCGACGGAACAUACCUAUCUCGGCAAACUAGAGCGAGUAGAAGGAGUAGACUACUUGGAACCCGGCAAGGUGUAUCGUCUUCCGGUUUGGACGCAUACCUCUAUAGUAUUUCCUGGGGAAAUUGUACCGAUGAUAAUCAACGAUUCCACCCUUAACUGUAAUGAUCCAUCGGACGGGGUCAAGUUUGCUCUGGUAUUCCGUUGUACCUUCCCGAGACAUUUCGUAUACGGUGUAACCUGCCAAGUGUUCGAGCGUGGCGAAAGCGAUGCUCGCGGUACGAUUGUUCUGAAAGCAAUUGCGCAGCAGCGAUUCCACACGGUACGGCAUCUAUCCGGGCUGCGAGCUGACGUACUGAUUCUACCCGAAAUCUUACUGCCAGAUCCACUGUUAAGCAACUGUUCUAAUCAUAUGAAACGGCUUGCGAUUUGCAACAACAAAAUGUACUCGAAUCGAUUGAGGGCUCAUUUUUCGCAUGGGAUGGUAUGGCCUAAGUUCGUAUACGAUCAGUACGGCACUGAGCAAAUCCUCGCCAAAGUCGAACGCUACCUGGCGUUGCUUAACAUAACUUCGGUGCCAAAUGAUCCUGUGAAGCUAUCAUUCUGGCUGGCGCGGAAUGUUUCGCUGGACGAAAAAGAUCGGAAGCUGAUCUACCAAGAGGAUGCCGUGAUUAGUCGAAUGUUGGUGAUCAACAAGUCACUUGAUAACAUGUGCUAUUUUGUAUGCAAACGAUGCGAAAACGAGAUCGGCAGUUACAAUGAUCUGUUCGCUAUGAGCAAGCAGGGCAUUCAGACAAGCUAUUGUAACCCCCAAGGAUUUGUGCAUGAAACGCUAACCAUCUACAAGACAAAAGAUGACUCCACCUUCAACGUAGAUCGGCCGUCAACCGAAUUCAGUUGGUUCCCUGGUUACUCAUGGCAAAUAACGCUUUGCACCAAUUGUCGGCAGCAUUUGGGUUGGAAAUUUGUGGCCACCAAGAAAAACUACCUACCCAAAAGUUUCUACGGUUUAACUGGCAGUAACAUCAAGGUGAAAUCUGUUCCAGUCGCAUCCACAUCGGCUAACGAGGGAGCUGAUGAAGAUGAGGAAAUGGGUGUAAGGCGUUCGGAACGUACCAACGAUGCCGAAGCCAGUGCGAUGGCCGGCGUAGAUUCCGAUGACAGCACUAGUGACAUCGAAAUAGUUGGAAUGCGGGUGAUGGACGUGCUCGCAGUUGCAGCUAUGGCCGGAGACGACGUCUGGGACAAUAGUGAUGAAGAGGACGAAGAUUGAUUUCACAAUGCGAUGUAGAGCAGGUAGUAGUUGGUGUCGUUUUUCUAUUUAGACAGAAAGCCUGGAGUACUGUCAGUAUAAAUACGUUGCAUAUUAUUUAAAGUUAAUCUAUUAUAGUUUUUUCGUUGUUUUCGCUUCUCUCAAUAUGUAAUAGAGAACCAGUCUUCUUGAGCUAAAGAAUACAUGUAAUAUAUCGACUUAUCCAUGUGAUGAUUGAUUUUUCAAAUAAACGUAAACUUUUUUCGCUCACAUUA